AUGGCUACUCUAGCAGACAUUGGUGUCUCAGCUGCUAUCAACAUACUCUCAGCUCUUGCUUUCUUGAUAGCAUUUGCUUUACUCAGAAUUCAACCUAUCAAUGACAGAAUCUAUUUCCCAAAAUGGUACAUCACUGGUGGAAGAACCAACCCAAGAACCUCUGCAAAUUUUGUCGGAAAAUUUGUCAAUCUUAAUUUCAAGACUUAUUUGACUUUUCUCAAUUGGAUGCCACAAGCUUUGAGAAUGUCUGAAACUGAGAUUAUCAAUCAUGCUGGUCUUGAUUCUGCUGUUUUUCUUAGAAUUUAUGCUCUUGGCUUAAAGAUGUUUGUUCCUGUGACAAUUGUGGCACUCCUCAUUCUUAUUCCAGUCAAUGUUUCAAGUGGAACACUAUUUUUCCUAAGAAGAGAAUUGGUAGUGAGUGAUAUUGAUAAACUCUCAAUAUCGAAUGUUCCACCUAAGUCUUUAAGAUUUUUUGUUCACAUAGGAUUGGAAUAUCUGUUCACAAUAUGGAUUUGUUUUCUUCUCUACAAGGAGUAUGAUAAUGUAGCGUUAAUGAGAUUGCAUUUUUUGGCCUCACAACGCAGGCGCGUGGAGCAAUUUACGGUAGUUGUCAGGAAUGUCCCUCAUAUGUCUGGUCACUCGGUAUCGGAUAGUGUGGACAGCUUCUUUCAAACAAACCACCCGGAUCAUUAUAUUGGACACCAGGCUGUCUACAAUGCAAACAAAUUUGCUAAAUUUGUGAGAAAAAGAGAUAGACUUCAAAAUUGGCUCGAUUAUUACCGCCUAAAGUUUCAAAAGCAUCCUCAUACGAGGCCAACGAUCAAGACCGGAUGUUUAGGACUUUGGGGAAGGAAAGUUGAUGCUAUCGAGUACUAUGAACAACAUAUUAAGGCACUCGAUAAAAAAAUGACAUUGGAGCGCCAGAAGAUUAUAAAAGACCCGAAAUCUAUUUUGCCUGUGGCUUUUCUUUCAUUCAAUUCGCGAUGGGGAGCAUCAGUAUGCGCGCAGACCGUACAAAGCAAAAAUCCUACCCUCUGGUUGACUGAUUGGGCUCCAGAGCCACGCGACAUAUAUUGGCGAAACUUGGCUAUACCGUUUGUUUCUUUAACUAUCCGGAAACUUAUAAUAACGUUGUUGGUGUUUGCGUUGGUAUUCUUCUACAUGAUUCCCAUUGCUUUUGUGCAAUCCCUCGCGAAUUUGGACGGUCUUGAAAAAGUUGCUCCUUUCCUCACACCAGUAAUAGAAUUGAAACUCAUCAAGUCAUUUCUACAAGGUUUUCUUCCUGGUUUGGCCCUCAAAAUAUUUCUAUACAUUCUACCUUCAGUUCUCAUGAUUAUGUCAAAAGUCGAGGGAUAUAUCGCAUUAUCAACACUUGAGCGAAAAACAGCGGCAAAAUAUUAUUACUUUAUGCUGGUGAAUGUUUUCUUGGGAAGCAUAAUUACCGGAACUGCAUUCGAGCAACUGCAUGCUUUUCUUCACCAGUCACCUACACAGAUUCCUAGAACAAUUGGAGUUUCGAUUCCAAUGAAGGCUACUUUCUUUAUGACAUACAUAAUGCUUGAUGGCUGGGCUGGAAUUGCCAGCGAGAUUCUCAGAUUAAAGCCAUUGGUUAUAUAUCAUCUCAAGAACGUUUUCUUAGUAAAAACCGAGAGAGAUCGAGAAAAGGCCAUGGACCCUGGGAGUGUGGACUAUCCCGAAACUCUUCCGAGUCUUCAACUAUAUUUCCUUCUCGGUAUUGUGUAUGCUGUGAUGACUCCAAUCCUUCUUCCUUUCAUACUCAUCUUCUUCGCCUUCGCAUAUUUAGUUUAUCGUCAUCAGAUAAUCAACGUCUACAAUCAACAAUACGAAAGUGCUGCUGCGUUCUGGCCACAAGUCCACAGCCGCAUUAUAGCAAGCUUACUGAUAUCGCAGCUUCUUCUGUUCGGCUUACUUAGCACGAAAAAAGCAGUUAAAUCUACUCCUUUGCUUGUAAUGUUACCAAUCUUGACAUUCGCGUUUCACAAGUACUGCCAGCGUCGUUUCGAGCCAGCGUUUAGGAAGUAUCCCCUCGAGGAAGCAAUGGCAAAAGAUUUGUUGGAGAAAACAACAGAACCUAACCUAAAUAUAAAAGCAUAUUUAGCAGAUUCUUACUUGCAUCCAAUCUUAAGAUCAUUUGAAGAGAUAGAAGAAGAAUUGGUUGAACUCGAAAAAGUUGAAGUGAGAGUAGAUAAAAACCAAACUCAUCAUGUUGCUAUUCCAAUAUUGAGUGAGUCAAGUUCAUCUUCAUCUUCACCACCACAUCAUAUUCAUCAACAUCAACCUUCACCACAUGAGUAUUACUACAAUCCUCACUCUCCUCAUUAUAACUAUCAAUAUCAAGAUCAACCUUGA